CCGUACUCUGCGUGCGGACAUAAAAAGCGUGAAGAGGGUGUUGUGUUCAUGUGUCGCAGGUAAAAUAUUCUGUUGAUAGCGAAGCAGCGAUGUCUUCACUUCAGUGUUUCAGAGAUUUAAUCACCGAACGACUAACUGUUGCUGCUGAAGAAAUAUUCAGACACGUCGAAAGAACCGUCGUAGAGUACGAGGAAGAGUUGUAUCGUCAGCGCAAACUGUUGGAGAUCGUUUGCCAACCUCGAGUAAAUUUACAGCGAAUAGAGCUUCCACAGCAGCAUGUCUCUCAAGAGGAGGAGGUUCUCACUGAGCAGCAGCUCUGGAACCAGGAGAGGAACUCCAGUCUGGACCAAGAGGAACCAGAGUCAGGACAGAUUAAAGAGGAGCAGGAGACAAUCUGCACCAGUCAUGAGGGAGAACAGCUUGAAGUGAAGCAGGAGGCUGAUGCAUUAAUGUUGACUCUUGAAAAUGAGGAAAGUGACCACAUGGAACCAGGAAGAAAUCUUCAGCACAGACCCUUUAUGAAGUGGGUUCCUGUAAUAAUGUUACAGAGGACAGAGCUUCCACAGCAGCAUGUCCCUAAAGAGGAGGAGGUUCUCACUGAGCAGCAGCUCUGGAACCAGGAGAGGAACUCCAGUCUGGACCAAGAGGAACCAGAGUCACUACAGAUUAAAGAGGAGCAGGCGGAAAUCUGCACCAGUCAUGAGGGAGAACAGCUUGAAGUGAAGCAAGAGACUGAUACGUUACUGUUGACUCCUGAAAAUGAAGAAAGUGACCACAUGGAACCAGGAAGAAAUCUUCAUCACAGACUCCAUAUGAAGUGGGGCCCUGUAAUAAAGUUACAGAGGACAGAGCUUCCACAGCAGCAUGUCCGUAAAGAGGAGGAGGUUCUCACUGAGCAGCAGCUCUGGAACCAGGAGAGGAACUCCAGUCUGGACCAAGAGGAACCAGAGUCACUACAGAUUAAAGAGGAGCAGGCGGAAAUCUGCACCAGUCAUGAGGGAGAACAGCUUGAAGUGAAGCAAGAGACUGAUACGUUAUUGUUGACUCCUGAAAAUGAGGAAAGUGACCACAUGGAACCAGGAAGAAAUCUUCAUCACAGAGUCUUUAUGAAGUGGGGCCCUGUAGUCAGGUUACAGAGGACAGAGCUUCCACAGCAGCAUGUCCCUAAAGAGGAGGAGGUUCUCACUGAGCAGCAGCAAUGGAACCAGGAGAGGAACUCCAGUCUGGACCAAGAGGAACCAGAGUCACUACAGAGUACAGAGGAGCAGGAGGCUGAUACAUUAUUGUUGACUCCUGUUAAAGAGGAAAGUGACCACAUGGAACCAGAACCAGACAGUGACCACCAGCUCCUCUCUCACAGCUCUCCUGUAGCUCAGAGUCAAGAUCAGACAGGAAGUCACCAUGUUGACUCUUUGUCUAAUAGUCAUGCAGAGUCAAGGCCAUGCAUUACCAAAGUAGAAAACUGUGACACUUCAAAGAUAGAGUCUGAAACUUACACAGGUAAAAAGUCUUUUAAAUGUGACACUUGUGGAAAAAGGUUUGUUUAUAAGUCUCGACUGAUUAUACACAUGAAAGUCCACGCAGGAGAGAAACCAUUUUCUUGCACAACAUGUGGAUCGCGUUUUAUUUCGCGUAAGGACUUGAUAGUCCAUGAAAGAAUUCACUCCGGUGAAAGGCCAUAUUCCUGUAAAACAUGUGGAAGGAGUUUUGCUCUCAAGCAGAGUUUGGCAGGCCAUGAAAGAAUUCACUCUGGUGAGAAGCCCUAUUCCUGUAAAACAUGUGGAAAGGAUUUUGCUCUAAGCCAGAAUUUGGCAGUCCAUGAAAGAAUUCACUCUGGUGAGAGGCCAUAUUCCUGUAAAAUAUGUGGAAAGCGUUUUAUUCAAAGCCAGAGUUUGACAGUCCAUGAAAGAAUUCACUCUGGUGAGAAGCCAUAUUCCUGUAAAAUAUGUGGAAAGCGUUUUCUUAGAAGUUCGCAUGUGAUAAUACAUGAAAGAAUUCACUCUGGUGAGAAGCCCUAUUUCUGUAAAACAUGUGGAAAGAGUUUUACGCAAAGGCAGGAUUUGAUAAGACAUGAAAGAAUUCACUCUGGUGAGAAGCCAUAUUCCUGUAAAACAUGUGGAAAGGGUUAUAGUCGAAAAUUGUGUUUGACAAUCCAUGAAAGAACUCACUCAGGCAAGAAGCCAUAAACCUGUACAACGCGUUCAGUCAAGGUUUGUCUUUGGUAGAACAUAAAAAAACCUAAUUUAAGUCAGAAGCCAUGUUUCUGUAAAACGUGGUAAGUGCUUUAUUUGAAAGGAGAAUUUGCCAAUCCAUAUAAAACCACACAGAAGUGAAGCCUUUCUCCUGUGAAACAUGUGGAAAGGAUUCUUGAUAUAAGUUCAGUUUGAUAGAACAUGAAAGAAUUCAUGCAGUUCAUCCAUCUUAAGUCUUUUACAUUCCAGCAUCAUUUCCUCCCCCUUGGCCUCUGUAACGUGAAAAUAAUUUACACUUCCAUGGUUACCUAGGUGGCACCCAGGUUUAGUUUUCCAGUAAACCCUACUCUACCCUCCCACCCUGUUCCCUCUCCAAUUUCCCAGUGCCCAUAUAAUCAACAAAACCCCCUCUGUGAAAUAAAUUUUUUUUGGGCUUUUUAUGGCCUUUAGGGAGGUUUUACAAAUGUGAAACUCCAUGAAUUUAAAAUAUACAAUAUAAAGAUCUAUACAUGUCUUGAGGUGUGCAUGUCCCGUGCACACUUUUACAGGAUUCUCUUAUACUAUUGUUGUCAAUGUGAAAAUUGCUUUUUGGGCCGCGUGAGUAUUUUUUGUUGCAGUACCACGAGUGGCCACCAUGACAAAAUUAUCUUCAAGGCAGAGGGGGCGGUGCUCUAUCCAGUGCUGAUAAUACAUCCAUGCUCAUGCUGAGGAGGUGGGAACUAGCUGGGUUCAUAGUUCACACACCAGAGUUUUUCCAUAACUGUCAGUCACUUUUGGACAUAUGGAAGCUGGAUGUUGUCAAUAUUGAUUAUAAAAUAUAACAUAAUUAUAUCAACAAGCUUUGUUAAAUAUCUAUGUGAAAUAGUUGAGAAAAUUGGUUCAAACCCAAUACAAUUUUUAUUAGUCAUGUUUGUCCCAAUUUCUUAUGCCUGUUUUUAUUUGCUGUUAGUUUAUCGAUGUAUAUCUUAUUUUAUACUGAGUGUGUUUUUCUACUUUUCAAGUAUCACUCAUUGAAAUGGGAAGCUUUUUAUAUCUUGUGUUUCAUUCCUUUUGUACCCUUCUCUCAUUGUAUUCAUCGUUUUUAUUGUUUGGUAAAAAAAUAUGAAAACAACCCAACGUUACUGGGUUGGCAAAGUUGAUGAGUAUGUAUAAAUGAAUUCAAAUAAAAACAUGUAAUAACAUG